AUCGAACCGGAAAAAAACUACUGCACUUUCCUUUUUCGACAUUCUCUCAUUUCCUCCAAUAUAAAAAAGCUUAGAAAGCAAUGAGGGCAAAGCUUGGACGAUCUAAACCCUAGAUUUUCCCCGGAAUAAUCAAUACGAUGGUGAAGAAGAGCUGCGACUAUGAAAAUCAUUGUUAUUUUUUGAAAUCGAGAGGAUUUGUCGCCAGUACUUGCUUGUUCGUCACCUGUGAAUGGAGUCUUCGAAGAACUCGAUUGUGAAGGGCCAAGAGGAUCAACGGCCGUUAAAAGAGGAUCAGCGGGCGAAGAUUGUAGAAUGGGAAGAUUAUGAACAGGAGCUCGCCCGCCUUUGCAGUUUGACUUCAGCACUUGAACAAGGGAGGGGGAAGAAGAAUUUGCUUGAAGAGAAGCUCCAUUCAUUGAUACAGAUAGAAGCAGAGUCUUUAAGUCGGUUAAAUGAGCUUGAUCGGAUGCGUGAAAAACUGGAAUCUCGUAAGUUAGUGAUGGGAAAUAUGUCAAUGCACUCCAAGGUUGUGAAGGAGAAGGUCAGAAAGCAAGAGGAACAACUUAGUGCUGAAAUAAGAUCUCUAUUGGCUGGUGGAAGUUCUCUUUCCGAGGCCAACAAGCGUAUGCUGGAAGCAAGCAGGUCACUUGCUGGAGAAAAAGGUUAUGGUCAUUUGAGAAACUUGCAAAAAUUAUUGAGAGUAAGGCAACAGUAUAUGGUCUCACAGGUUUCCUUGCUAUAUCCAGUAAAGGUUGUGAUCUGCAAAACCCCUGAGCAAGAGCUUGAAUCGUUUAGUAGCAGUACCAAGUCAGGUGUUUCUGAUGGAUCAAAACACGUGGACCACACCACUUUGACAAUCUCAGGUCUGCAUCUAAACGUGAUCCCUUUUACAAAGAUGAGUUUUUUCACUGACAAGAAGGAGGUUCAGCGAUCCUCAACUGCCCUGGGAUAUGUUGCCCAUGCUGUAUCACUUAUUGCAUCUUAUUUACAAGUGCCUUUGCGCUAUCCAUUACGAUUGGGGGGUUCUCGAACAUAUAUACGUGACUGUACUCCUUCAAUUGAACAUUCAGCAUCCAGUACAACAUUGGAUUCAUUAACUUUGACAAGCAUGAAGCCUGUGGAAUUUCCCCUCUUUAUUGAGGGUCAGGAUUCAACUAGAGCAGUUUAUGCUGUAUUCUUGCUGAACAAGGAUUUAGAGCAGCUCUUGAAUUUUAUUGGUGUCAAGAGUUUAGGACCACGCCAUGUUUUAGCGAAUUUAAAGGAGCUUACAAGGACUAUUCUUUCUCCAGAGUAUAUAGAUAUGUGACAACUGCGACUGUAUUGUAAGUUUCUGUAAAAAUGGAGUGUUUGUAUUCUUAAAGUGGUGCUUUAUUUUUUACAGCGGUGCACACUAUCAUGUUGGUCAGAUUAAUACAAAUUAUUAUAAUUGACAGAAACAUAUCUGCUAGUUACUUUUUGGUAGUGACACAAUUAUGUUCUUGAAUUUAGGCAUGUUAAAGCUUUUGCAUUU